AUGGUCGAACCUCCGAUUACCAGAUCAUGGGAAGUCUCAGAUGGGUUUGGUGCAAUCGCGCGACAGCCAGGGCCGCUUUCUUCUGCAACGGCUCAAAAGAUCGUUGCUGGAAGCCCGCCAGGGUCUUCCGAACCCAGCACGCCAUUACCUCUGUCUGAUACCACGAACAUGCUUCGGAGCGGGUCUCAGGCAUCGAAAAAACCAUCGUCGACGUCGCACACAGAGCGCGCAGGAGGGCCAGAGCCACAGCAGCCACAACCACAUAUCCCUAUCUCGCAGAAACUACGCGUAUACCACGACGACCAGCCUUACGUCGGCCUCGCCUUGCACGAAUCAUCUUCGACAAUCAAAUCUUUGCUUCCUUCUCCACCCACAUCCCCUAUUCCAUCCAGACGGCGCUUCAGGAUUCGAAAACCGCAUCUAUCCCUCCCUCUACCCUCCCUCUACAGCUUCAAACUCGUCCUACGCGAUUUCUUCCUGCAAAUACACGCUCGACUCCCCGGAACGCCUCGAUUACCCGACAAGUUCAAGAACUCUCCGCUGCUGUGGAUUUUCUUGUACUUUGCGCUCAACCUCUCGUUGACGCUGUACAACAAAUAUGUGCUGAUCCAUUUCCCGUUUCCGUAUACCCUGACCGCGCUGCACGCGUUGUGUGGGUCGGCUGGGACGUUUGUGAUGUUGCAUCUUGGGUUGACCACCGACCCGCCCAUUCCGAAUCUGAGUUUGAAGGAGAGCACGGUGUUGGUGUUGUUUAGUUUGCUGUAUACGGUUAAUAUCGUUGUGAGCAACGCGUCGUUGAAGCUUGUCACGGUUCCUUUCCAUCAAGUCGUGCGGGGAUCAGCACCACUAUUCACGAUCGCGUUAUCCGCAAUCCUCUAUCGUAAAGGAUGCAGUCGGGCGAAACUCGUCUCUCUGCUCCCUGUCAUCGCAGGAGUGGGUUUCGCGACAUACGGAGACUAUUACUUCACCCUUUUUGGGUUCCUCAUUACCAUCCUCGGCACUCUGCUCGCAGCACUCAAAACGAUCCUCACGAAUCAGUUCCUCAGCCCGCCAGGGUCCAAUUCGUCGCCUAACCCACUCACGAAGGGUUCGGACGGCUCCGCAGGGGAUACCCUGUCAACCAAACACCAAAAGGUCCCCUCCAUCUUCCGGCACCUCCGACAGACAGACUCUCAGUAUCGCCUGACCACGGCGCGUCUGAGGUUCAACCUUCCCAAGUUGUCCUUGACACCUCUCCAGUUGUUAUACCUCAUGUCGCCUUUGGCCUUUAUCCAGACGACCAUGAUGGCUCACAUGACUGGCGAAUUGGACAGGGUGAACAGGCAUUUGGCGAACCCGCAGCUACCACAUCAUAGUGGCAAUUACAACCCGGUGGGGAUCAUUCGAGGAUCGACGUGGUGGUUGAUUUUAAAUGGUAUCCUGGCGUUUGCGUUGAAUGUCGUUAGCUUCAACUCGAACAAGAGGAUAGGGCCUCUUGGGAUGACAGUUGCAGCGAAUGUCAAGCAAGUCUUGACUGUGCUGUGUGCUGUGGGAUUGUUCAACCUUACUAUCACAUUUACAAAUGGAAUAGGGAUCGUGCUGACGUUGAUUGGAGGGGCGUGGUACGCCUAUGUGGAGGUUCAGGAGAAGAAGCAGACCAAGCGAAGCGGAUGA